CCCGUACCUUCUCUCGCCACAGAACUCCCUCCAAACCCAUCUGAACUAGCUCCCAAACCCAUCUGAACUAGCUCCCAACCCCAUCUGAACUACCUCCUAAACCCAUCUGAACUAGCUCCCAACCCCAUCUGAACUACCUCCCAAAACCCAUCAACUCACUUCAUUCAGAAAAUGGAACGCAUCUUCGGCAAAGAGGCAAAGCUUAUUGAUAAUACUGGAAAUGAGACGGCAGUAUCCUCCUUGUCUAGUUAUGAGGUCGUUGGUCUGUACUUCUCUGCACAUUGGUGCCCACCAUGCCGUGGAUUCACACCAAGGCUAGCUUCAACCUACAAGAAUUUGCAGGAGAAAGGAAAGUCCUUUGUGAUCGUAUUCAUAUCCUCAGACAAGGACAUUGAGUCAUUCAAAGAAUAUCACUCCGAGAUGCCCUGGUUGGCUCUGUCGUUCGAAGAGAGGGAGCUGAAGGCGAAGCUCUCUCGACGAUUCAAAGUCACCGGAAUUCCAUCCCUCAUCUUCCUCAACGGGGCAUCAGGCAAGGUAAUCACCAAGAAUGGCCGUCGGUUCAUCUCGGAGGAUCCGAAUGGUGAAAAGUUCCCGUGGAACCCUCCCUCUCUGUUCGAGUUGCUGGGUGACAAAGUGAUCGAUCACGAGGGCGGGGAGACCGACCUCAAGGCCAAGGUCGCUGGCAAGACCCUUGGCUUGUACUUCAGUGCCCACUGGUGCCCUCCAUGUAAGAAGUUCACACCCAUUCUCUGCGACACCUACAAGAAGAUCAAGGAGUCCAAGGAGUUCGAGAUCAUCUUCGUGUCGGCUGACCGUGACGAGAAGCAGUUCCAAACAUACUUCCAGACCAUGCCCUGGUUGGCCCUGCCCUUCUCAGAGUCUCACAAUGAGAGCUUGUCGUCGUACUUUGACGUCGACGGCAUCCCCACCCUGGUUCUGAUCGAUUCUGACGGCAACAUCAUCACCAAGGAGGGUUACGAUGUGGUUGGCAACGACAAGGAUGGAAAGAACUUCCCUUGGGCUCCCAAGGCCGUCAAGGACAUUGAAUCUUGCGCUGAGUUGAACUCUUCAGCUUGCGUUGUCGUUUUGGCCGAUGAAUGCCCCCCCGAAGAGAGAUCGCAAAUCUCGGACGAUCUCACGAAAGUGGCUGAAGAGUUCAUCGCCAAGGCCAGGAAGAUGGACGAGGAUGCAGAGUGUGUCUUCACGUUGGCUGCAGAGGCCGGUACGGUCGCGUCCAAAAUCCGGACAGUUUGCAAGGUGGAAUCGGACAAGACUUGCAAGAUGUUGAUUCUGGAUGUUGGUGAUGAUGGCGCCUACUAUUCCUUCAAGGGCUCGACGAUCGAUCGAGAAUCCAUCUCAAAGUUUGUGAUUGAUUUUCAAGAGGGGAAGCUGGAAAAGCAAACCAUUUCUAUCGACUGAAUGCUGUCAGUGAUCUAACACUUUAAGGCCCUGCUCGUGGCGUACAGCGAGCAUCAAGCUCGAGCCAUUGAACAUUCCGUUUAGCUUCAGCGUCAUGAGUGAGCGGUUACGAAGUUUUAUGAAGCCUAUCAGUCAUCCACCGGUAGAUGACUGUUUCCUUACUGCCUGUAUUGGCCCACUAUGGAUGAUUGCACUUUUGAAGUUCGCUAUUAAGCCUCGCUUGUACAAUUAGGCAACAACUCUAUGCUCAAACUUUUCAGUGCCACUCCCAGGCGGAGCACGGCCUGGCAGAGAGUAGGCUUCUCUGACGGUUCACCGUCACUGCUUGUCGGAUGCUCUUUGCCAUUUCGAUUGAAGGAAAUAAACAACCGUGAACACUUUGG